UUUUGGUUUAUUGACAUACUUGUAAGAUGAAAUCGAGAGGAUUACCUCUCAAUCAGAUUGUGUAUACAAUGUUAUUAGAAGGAAUAUGCAGAACGGAGUCGCUAGGAGAAGUUGUUCCGUUACUUGAGGAUAUGUUUGAGAAGGGUAUAUGUCUUGAUGUUGUUGCAUACUCGGUUCUUCUAAAUGGAUUUUGUAAAGCUGGAAUGCUAAUUUCUGCGAUGGAAAUAUUAUGUAGGAUGUACAAGUUUGGAGUUUUCCCAAAUGAUGUAGUAUACUCUACUUUGAUCUACAACUUCUGCAAGCAACAACAUGUCCUAAAAGCAAUGAGAGUCUAUGCAAUGAUGCACAAAACAGGGCAUAGUCCUGACGUUUUCAUAUGCGACUCACUGAUAUCUUCUCUUUGUGCAGGUGGAAGAGUAAGAGAGGCAGAGGAUUUCAUGCGUCACAUGCAUAAGAUUGGUCUUGUUCCCGAUUCUGUUGCUUUUCAUUCUGUUAUUGAUUGCUAUGCAAAUGUAGGUGAAGGGUUAAAAGCAUUAUCCUGGUUUGACAAAAUGGCUAACUUAGGUAGACAGCCUAGCGUUUACACCUAUGCGAGCUUACGAAAGGGAAUAUUCAGAGGAGGAAACCUUACAGAGGCACUUGGAUUAUUUAAUAGGCUCCGUGGAAUUUGCUGUGCGACAGAUGUUGUUGUCGUCUACAACUCAUUGUUGGCUGAGAUCUGCAAGUUAGGUCACUUCCACAUGGCAUUAAUCCUUAUCGACGAGAUGGUUCAGAAUAAUGUGCUCCCUGAUAGUCAUACCUACACCAGUCUCCUAGCUGGCUUGUGUGGUAACGAUAAGUUGGUGGCUGCAAUUCUUCUGUUGGAAAGAGCAUUGAGUAGAGGAGACCCCUCUUCAAACCGGGUCAUGUAUACAUGUAUCGUUGAUGGACUUUUCAAGAGUGGCUUGCCUAAGAUUGCCGGUUACUUCUUUGAUGAGAUGAUAGGGAAAGGUCUUAGCCCAGAUACCGUGGCACUGAAUGUGCUGAUGGAUGGUUACUCAAAACAUGGGCUAAUGGAUAAGGUGAGUAGUUUCUUUUCUACAAUGAGAGAGCCUUCCUUGACUACAUCUAAUAUUCUAUUACGAAGCAACUCGAGACGGCAAAACAUAUCUGAGUGCUCUAAGUUAUAUCAAUCACUUAGAGAAAAAGGUUUCACGCCAGAUAAAGUAACAAGCCAUUAUGUGACUCUUGGCCUCUGUAAGUCGAAGCUGCCGGAUAUUGGGGUUAAAUUUAUGAUAAAGAUGAUCUUGGGGGGAAUAGCGGCAGAUAAAUUCACAUUCAACAUGAUAAUCACUAAAUAUUGUGAAAGGGGUGAGAUGAAGAAGGCCCUUGUUCUUCUUACUUUAAUGACUACCUUAGGUGUUUCUCCUGAUGGAGACACUUACAAUUCGAUAUUUAAGGGACUAAAAAGAACAUUGGACUUCCAAAAUUCGCAUCGUCUCUUGCAUAUAAUGAUAGAAGAGGGUUUUACUCCAAUUGACAGACAAUACUGCAAUUUAAUAACUAGAACGUGUAAAGUUGGAGAUGUAAAAGGAGCAUUCAAACUAAAAGAUGAAAUGGAGUUGUUAGGUAUUAGCUCCUCCCGUACUAUAGCUGAGGGUGCAAUUAUAAGGGGGCUUGUGCGUCGUGGGAAGAUGGAGGAAGCAAUGCUGGUACUUGAAUGUAUGCUACGGGUGCAUCUACUUCCAACUGUUGCCACAUUCACAACUGUAAUGCAUGGACUUUGCAAAAGUUGUAAGUUGUGUGAGGCCUUAAAAUUGAAAACUACAAUGGAGCUUCAUGGUGCAAAGCCAGAUGUUAUUGCUUACAAUGUCCUCAUAACUGGCCUUUGUGCUGGUGGUAAUAUCGAUGAUGCAUAUCAUCUGUAUGAGGAGCUGAAAGAGAGGGGUAUGUGUCCCACUAUUACAACCAUCACCGUUCUUCUCAAUGCAUUUUGUUCUGCUGGAAAUGAUCAUCUUGCAAACGGUGAAAGUCUUCUAAAUGAUCUGCAAGAGAGAGGACUGGCAGAUGAACUUCAUUCAAAUACCCAAGCACUAUGUGAAAGAUUGACAAUCGUGAAGGAAAAGCUAAAUGCUUUAAGAAAGAAGAAAAAGAAAAGAAGAUAAGUGUAGUACUGCAAUAGAAAGAUGACACCUGCCGGGAACAUUUAUCUAGCUUGCUGUAAAUGACAUCUUCAUGGGAGGUCUCAGGGCAGCGUCUAUCUGAGAUGUAUGCAGCUGAUACUUUGGCUGCUUCUACCAUUUCAAGUGUUUCUAUGUUCGGUAUCUGAAGGGGAGCCUUGGAGUAACUGGUACAUGUGAUCAGCAGGUCACGGGUUCAAGCCUUGGAAAUAACCUCUGACAGAAAUGCAAGGUAAGGCUGCAUACGAUACACCCUUGUUGUGGGACUCUUCCCCGGACACCGCGCAUAGUGGUAACUUUCGUGCAUCGGGCUGCCCUAUGUUCAGUAUCUGUCCUACAAAGUGGAUGGAUAUAAGGAUGGAUGGAUAUAAGGAUAUUGCAGCUCACAAACUGGUCUAAUGUUCUGUCCGAAUAGCUUAUGUGAGCUCUAUGUUCAAGUGCAUUUCAUUAUCUAGCAAGCAAGCCACUAGAGUUGAAGUGUUGCAAAUCAUAUCGAAGCUUGUUUCUUCAAUAGAUACUAUCGCGGAAGGUGAAAUUAGUGGGUGGCAGAUUCGUUCGUAAGGAUUCUAUUGCUGAGGUGAGCCUUCGCAUUGUUGUUGGAGGCUUUCGUUUCAGCUUUAUCCCUUUAGAUUAUAUUUUACUUCUUUUUAUUGGGUUGCAUGUUGGAAAGUUGGAACUCAUGUAAUGCUAUUUUAGAUGCUCCAUGGUCUUAGUGUGAGAUUUGGGACAGAAUAUUAGUUUGGAGUUCUUUGUUUGUAUAAUUUGUAUAGUUCUUGGUAACAAAGAUAGAAUAAAAUUGUUAGGAGAUUCCAGGCCCGACUUGAUAAGGUUGGGGAUCUAAACUUUGAAAAAGACCUCAAUUUUUUUAAAAUAAAGCUCGUAGGACAUAUUUUUAUUUACGGAAAAGGCUUAAAAAUAUUCCUUAACUAUUUGAAAUAGCUCAAAAAUGCAAAAAUAUCCUUCCAUUAAAUAUUUAACUCAAAAAUACUCCUCCCUUAAUGAAAUUCAUAAAAGGAUCAAAAAUACCCUUAAACUAUCUGAAAUGGAUCAAAAAAAACCCCUCAUUAAUUUUUUAAUUAUUAUAAUUUCUUUUCUUUUUUUCUUUCAAAAAAGCACUCACUCCCUUAUGUCAUCUUCUUUACAGCACCCCACCCCGCAUCUUCAUCCUUUUAACCCCGCGCGUUCAUCUUCUUCAUAUAUGAAUGCAGUGACUAACAAAAUGGGGAUGACGAAACUUUGACAGUAAAUCCAACCGCAGUUUGAGGUUCCGGUUAGAGUAUCUUCUAUACAAAUGACCUUACAGAGACAUAAGCUCCAUUCCCUAAUCUUCCCUUUGUAAAUCUGAAAUUGAGAUAAAUAUUGAGGAAAUUUCUAUGAAUUGUCAUGUGUCCAUUAGAUUCUAAAUCAAAGGCACAAAACAUUAAUGGUGACCACCAGCUUUUUAAUCAUCAUAGAAGUAACAUACACACAUGCAAAAUACAAAUAUAAAUCAAAUAAACAAUCAAUUAAGAAAAGAAGCAACUCUUAAAUCCAUUUUGCAGCUAGUUGAGCUUGUGCAUCCAUUUCAUUUUCAUUUUUGGACAUGAUCUAUGGACUAAGCAACAAAACUAACAGAAAAAAUUUACUGCUUCAUUUAUUCAAGGUUUAGAGCAAGAACAGAUUUACUGAUGAUGACGACGAAGAAGUUUAACGCUGGAGGAGGGGGGUUUAAAGGAUGAAAAUGCGGGGUGGCGUGGGGUUGAAGAUGCAGGGGGUGGGGUGCUGUGAAGAAGA